CCCCCCACCCCCGCGGCCGGCUCGGCGCUGACUCCGCCGCACGCUGCAGCCGCGGCUGGAAGAUGGCGGGGAACGACUGCGGCGCGCUCCUGGACGAAGAGCUCUCCUCCUUCUUCCUCAACUAUCUCGCCGACGCGCAGAGUGGGGUGUCCGGGGAGGAGCAACUCUGCGCUGAUUUUCCGGAGCUCGACCUCUCCCAGCUGGACGUCGGCGACUUGGACUCGGCCACCUGCUUCGAGGAGCUGCAGUGGUGCCCAGAGAGCGCCGAGGCGGACCCCAGCCAGUACAGCCCCCGCGACGCCGAGCUCUUUCAGAUCAUCGACAGCGAGAACGAGGCGCUGCUGGCGGCCCUCACGGAGAGCCUGGGUGACAUCCCCGAAGAUGACGUGGGUCUGGCCGCCUUCCCAGCCCUGGACGAUGGAGACUCACCCUCCUGCGCGUCCGCGUCGCCCGCCCCCUCCUCUGCGCCCCCCAGCCCCGCCCCGGAGGGGGCCCCCGGCCCGGCCCCUGAGGCGGAGGAGCUCUCGCUGCUGCAGAAACUCCUCCUCGCCGCGUCCUCCCCGACCUUGACCUCCGACUCCCAGAAGGAGGGGACCGCCUGGCGCCAGGCAGGCCUCCGGUCCCGAAGCCAGCGGCCUGGUGUCAAGACGGACAGCACCCAAGACAGGAAGGCCCCCACGUCGCAGCCUCAGAGCCGGGCCUGCACGGAGCUGCAUAAGCACCUCACCUCGGCGCCCUCCUGCCCCCGGGCUAAAGCCCACUCCCCCGAUAGGGGCCCGCCACCGCCACCCGCCCCGAGUCCCCGGCUGCCGGCCAAGGAGGACGAGGAGGCAGGCGAGGACUGCCCGAGCCCCCGCCCGGCUCCAGCCUCUCCCCGGGACUCUGUAGCGCCAGGCAAGGCCGGCCCCGGCGCCCAGGUUCCCCAGGAGGACGCGCAGGCCAUGGUGCAGCUCAUUCGCUACAUGCAUGCCUACUGCCUCCCGCAGAGGAAGCUGCCCGCUCGGGCCCCAGAGCCAGCCCCCCAGGCCUGCCGCAGCCUCUCCAAGGCGGCCAGGCCCGGGCCGCGGCCCCCGCACCCGCCCAAGGCCGCCUGGCCCGAGUUCUCCAUCCUGAGGGAACUGCUGGCCCAAGAUGUCCUCUGUGAUGUCAGCAAGCCCUACCGCCUGGCCACGCCUGUCUACGCCUCCCUCGCGCCCCGGCCCCGAGACAGCCCGGCCUCCGCAGGCCACCCGUCCCCCGUGGAGGAGGUGAGGGUCGCGGCUUCACCCAGGAGCUCCGGGCCCAGACCCAGCCUGCGUCCGCUGCGGCUGGAAGUGAGAGGGCACCUUGGCCGGGCGGCCAGGCCGCAGCCAGAGGAGGAAGAGGAGGACGAAGAGGAGGAGGAGGAGGAGGAAGACGAGAAGGAGGACGAGGAGGACGAGGACGAGGACGAGGAGGAGUGGGGCCGGAGAAGGCCGGGCCGAGGCCUGCCGUGGGCCAAGCUGGGGAGGAAGCGCGAGGGCUCCGUGCGCCCCGUGCGGCGCUCCAGGAGACUGAACCCUGAGCUGGGCCCCUGGCUGACCUUCACUGAUGAGCCGCCGGCUCCCGAGCAGCCCCGAGGGGCUCUGUCCUCGCUGCGCCUGGCCCCCGAUGCCUGCGACGUGGAGGGGGCGCUGGGCACCCCCACGCACGAGGACAGUGGCCAAGACCGGCAGCUCCCACGGGGACCCCAGAUCCCGGCCCUGGAGAGCCCCUGUGAGAGCGGGUGUGGGGACACGGAGGAGGACCCCAGCUGCCCGCAGCUCCCUUCCAGAGACUCUCCGAGGUGCCUCAUGCUGGCCUUGUCGCAAAGCCCCACCAGUGACCCUCCUUUUGGCAAGAAGAACUGCGAGCAGACCUUGGCAGUGGAGCUGUGUGGCACGGCAGGACUCACCCCGCCCACCACGCCUCCGUACAAGCCCGCGGAUGAGGAGCUCUUCAAGCCGGACGUCAAGCACAGCCCGGGCCGAGACGCGGCUCCUCGCCUCCCCCCGGAGGGCCUCCCGCUCGGGGCCGCCGCGGGCGCUGCCCACACGCUGCCAAAGAAGCACCCAGAGCGGCGCGAGCUCCUGUCCCACCUGCGGCACGUCACCGCCCCGCCAGCCUCCCAGGCUGGUCACAAGCGCCCCUUCUCCUGCUCGUUUGGUGACCACGACUACUGCCAGGUGCUCAAGCCCGAAGGCGCCCUUCAGAGGAAGGUGCUGCGGUCUUGGGAGCCGUCUGGGGCUCCCCCCGAGGACUGGCCCCAGCAAGGCGCCCCGCGGGCUGAGGCGCAAGCCUCCGGCAGGGAGGAAGGCAGCGGCUGCGACAUCGGGGCCGCCAGCAAGGACAGUGCGCUGCUGAGAGACCACGAGAUCCGCGCCAGCCUCACCAAGCACUUUGGGGUCCUGGAGGCGGCCCUGGAGGACGAGGACCGGGCCUCCUGCAAGAGCCCCGAGUACGACGCGGUCUUCGAGGACGGCAGCAGCAGCAGCGGCGGCGAGAGCGGCUUCCUCCUGGAAGAGGAGGAGGAGGACGAUGAAGAAGAGGACUCGGGGGUCAGCCCCCCUCGCUCCGACCACUGCCCCUACCAGAGCCCCCCGGGCAAGGCCGGUCGGCAGCCCUGCUCCCGCAGCCGCUCCAGCUCCAGCUCGUCAUCCUGCCGCUCCCGGUCACCGGCCACACGAAGGACCUUCAGAUGUGAGAGCAGAGGGCCGUGUUCAGACGGAACGCCAGGCGGCCGGCACGCCAGGAAGCGGCGGGAAAAGGCCAUUGGCGAAGGCCGCGUGGUGUACAUUCGCAAUCUCGCCAGCGACAUGAGCUCCCGCGAACUGAAGAGGCGCUUCGAGGUGUUUGGCGAGGUCGUGGAGUGCCAGGUGCUCACCAGGAGCACGAGAGGCGAGAAGUGCGGCUUCGUCACCUACCGGCGCUCCGAGCACGCGGCGCUGUCCCUGCGGAAGGGCGCGGCCCUGCGGGGGCGCAGCGAGCCCUCCUUCCCGCUGAGCUCCGGGGGCCUCCGGCGCUUCUGCUGGCCCCGCUACGCCGACUUCGAUGCCAACUCGGAAGAGGCCCCGCCUGCAUCCGUGAAAACCAAGUACGAAGCCAUGGAUUUCGACAGCUUGCUGAGGGAGGCCCAGCAGAGCCUGCACUGACAACAGCCUUAACCUCGAGGAAAACCUCAAUACCUCAGAUGGGCCCUUCCAACCUGUUUACGCUUUCAGAGAAAUUAAGGACAUGAGACGGAGCGAGAGCGAGCGAGAGAGCGAGCGAGCGAGAGAGAGAGAGAGAGAGACACGGGGAACUGCUGUCCUUUUAAAAGAAUAAUCAAUGUUUACAUUGAACAAAGCUGCUUCUGUGUGAGUUUCCACGGUGUGCACGCUCCACUGCCACAUCAGCGUCCUCGCUUCCCACGGGCUGUCCGGGAUGCCCUCGCCUCCUGACCGACGGCCCCUCCUAGACGUGCAGCUGUGUCCGCCAUGCGUUUCCGUCUGUAGUGCGUGACGAAGUCGUUACUCGUGAAUAGAAUCAGGAUUAUAAACUCAUUUUUAAUUGAAGAAAACAAAAGUAUAUCCUUUAAGUGAUGUGUUUAUGGCUCAGGUGUCCUGUGCCUGGGAUCGUCCUGUUGCUUCCUUGAUUUUUAACUACGCACUGUCGUGAGAUGUUUGCCACUCAGCUGCCCUGCUCCCUUGGCCAGAGGGCCCCAGAGGUGCUGGGGGGCCGGAGGGCUGGUCGCCGGGGAGUGUGGCGUGCAGCCAGCCCAGGAGCCCGGGAGGGGUUUCAGGGCCUCUCCUGCGGGCCCUGCCUCGCGUCUCGUUGAGCGAGCCCGGGUCCGCGUAGAAUCAGAGCCCUCGUCUGGUGCCCGGCUCUCGCUGAGAACUUGUGCCUGGCCCUGAGGGCUCGGAUCCUCGGGAUCUUAGGGAAGAGGGGGGUGAGGCAGGAGGCUGGUGACUUUUGCCCCGGGGUCCCCCGACCAGUGAGAUUACAGAGCACUGGCCCGGCCCAGGAGCCCAGGCCUCCCGAUCGCUGGUCCCAGCCUCCCUCAGUAGCUGGAGUGAAGAAGCGGGGUUGCAGGGCCUGGCAGAGCUGGGGCGGCCAAAGAGGACCACAGGCGAGACGCCUGCAGGCUCACCCUGGGGCGUCCGUCAACGGCGGUCUCGUCAGCACGGGGCGAGUUCAGGCUCCGGCACCAGCCUUGAUCCAAAGGGUCCUGCCGUCCGCCUCCAGCUGUGGACCCGCCACCAGGGCUUCAGUGACGCCGUGGGCGUGACGCGGACAGAUCUGGGAGCAAGCCUGGCUUCACCCCUGCUCACACGGGUCGUUGUUUGGGGGCAGGGGGCACGGGGUGGGUGAUAAGACAGUCUCCAAGCUGAUUCCCGGACGGUCUGUUGGGCUUGACUGAAGGUUCGUGUUCUUGAGUGACGUCGAAGCCGCGUCCGGGGUGUCCCGUGGGUGCCUUGGGGGUCGCCUUGGGGCAGGCCAAGCGAGCGUGUUUCUCUGCUUCAGACAGAGCGGCUCCAGGUGCAUCUCUUUCACGCCCAGCUUCCUCGGGAAGCUUUUGUGUGUCCAAGAAAGAAGCAGAACGGUCCUGCCGCUUUUCUUUAGAGUUUGAACUGACUCAUUAAACAAAAACUAGCUGAUUUAAUCCAUUAUUAAUACCGGGCCUCGUUCUUUGAGAAUUGGUCGUUAUGGGGCUUUUUUGGUUGCUUUUUAAGAUUAUAAAAUACCUCAGUAGCUUCACUGGGCUGAUACGCCAGGCCCCCCGAGGAGGUGGAGGAGACCGGCCUGGAAGGGGAGUUUGAGUUCCUGUGCAUCAAACCACAGCCCCUCUGGGCCCCAGUUUUCUUUGCUGUGCGAUGCGCGGAGGCGGGGACAACUAGCCCUGCCGGCUCUGACAGCUGAGCGUCCCACGUGGCACACGUACCUCCACUCCCACAUCCUUGCCAGUGGCAGACAUAACCAGUCGGCCCCAGGCCUCGCGUUCUUUGAGCUUGCUCAUGCUGUUGGGACCUCGGCUCUGUGCUCUGAGCAGCCGUCCCUGAUUGGUCUGCAGUUCCGCCUCUUUCACGUCCUGGUCUGAUCUUUGAAAGGUGCCUGUCUUACAGAGCCAUACGGUGGCCGGGUGUCAUGCUGGCCCAUUCCUCUCUGUCACAUCCUGAUCUGUGGGAGAAAGUUCCUUUGAAGCCAUUCCUUGGCCCAGGACUCCCAGCACUACUCUGCCACGUAACCCCACCCGGGGAUGGGAGCCAGGUGGGAGAGUGGCCAUAAGCAAGUUUGGGAAGGCAGCGUUUGUCAGUUUGUCGGGAUGGACCAGAGGGGGCUUUCCACGGCACGGGCUGAGCACUCUCAAUUCCUGUUCCAGCUGCUCACUGCCUAGCAUCCAGUAGGCGUACAAUAAAUGGCUGUGGACUAGAACUUCAGUCCACCCGAUGCCCCCUUAAGGUCUGCUCUGCAUCGGCAGUAAACUGAGUCUUUGUCGCGUGGAAGCUCAUGGGGACGCAGUUACACGCAGGGUCUGGAGAGCUGGGUUGAGUCCUGGCUCCACCAAGAGCUGCCUCUGUGACGUUGUGGCUCGCGGUGUCCCUUCCGCUCGUGGAGCCUCUGUGUGUCACAAGGAGACGGAGCGCAUGACCUCUGCCCCGCGCUGGCUCGUCCUGAUGGCAGCGCGGCUAGAUGGCAGUGGAGGGUGAAGGAUGCGGAUUUUCAGGGAGGGACGAGCAUCGCAGGUAGUUAGACUUUGGCCUUGAGCAGAGCAGAGAUCUGAGGUCGCGCUGGGAUGGGAGGAGCCCAAGGUCACGGCCGGCCGGGGCCGCUGCUAGGGGAGGGCGCCGGCCGCGGGCACAGAGCGGCUUCUUCCCGUCGUCUGUGCAUGAAAGGCUCUGCCACGGCCCGGGCCUGCGGCCAGCCUCCAUCUGGAAGACUUACUCGGUGCUGAGUCUCCCUCACCAAGGAGACUCCAAGGAAAGCUCGGCAACCAUGGCCUUUGUCCCCAGACGAAGGGGUGGCCCGAGGGAGCAGCUGCCACUGGCAGCCGUCUCGGUGUGGCUGUCUGUGCUAGCGUUUGCUCGCCGUCAUGUGUACCUGUGACUUGCCCUGAAAGCCUGCAGUAGACUGUGUGGGUAGCGCCCCCACGAGGAAGCCUGUACCGUCGUCCUGGGCCGGGCAGUAUUUUCAGCUGCUGAGUGGAAUUCUUCCAUCUCCUUCCUCAGCCGCCACGAGGCUGGAUCGGAUCCCUCUCCAGGGCUCUGGUUACCCAAGGAAAAUGCAUCACGGCGGUGGAGCGUGAGCGGCUGGAGAGCAGCUGAGGCCCCCGCUCCCUGACCCCGUCACCCCAUGUCCCCCCAGCACAGCUUUGCGACAUAGCAGCAGUCAGGUGUCUGCAUCGGCUGGGCGCCCUCGAAGCCUUGGGUGUGGAGCGCACCCCGCAGAGAGCCGGGCCUUUCCGGGGGCAGGAAGGGAGGGUGCCUCCGGGCCGCACAGGCUGCGUCCCCAGGUCCGAUGCAGGGAGAGGGGCGGGAUAGGAAAUCUUUCUCACCUCAAGCCUGUGCUUGUGGCUGCUGUGGUUUCUUCGAGCUGAUGCCGUCUGCGUGCUGAGGGCGGGGGAGGCGUGACAGCGCGGUCCCUCUGCGUGGACACCCGGGAGCCCCACCCCCGGCCUCGGGUUCAGCUGAAUCCCAGCCGAGCCUGCAGCCUGAGAGCUGGGGCAUCCACACCAUGAAGCAGAAUCAACCCCAGAGGACUUGUGGGUCUGACUCGCUGGCGUCAAAACCGCGGUGUUUCCUCAGCCCUGAGGUUCAGCAGUUCUCCUCUUAGGCGACCAAGAGCGAAACUGGGCGGAUGGUAGCGCCUCAAGAGCACCUGAUGGCUUCAGUGGCCGGAGGAGGGGACCCUUCCCACCGGGGCGGACGGGAGCCGGCUGCUGCUUACGUGCAAUUUGCUUAACGCUGGUCGCCAGGUCCCCGAGUCGUUUGCACGUGGAGAUGAGCUGCUGGUCCGGGGGUGCAGAGGAGGGGGAGGGCUCAGGAGCUGGGGGCCCUCGUACACGGAGAUGCUCUUGGCCCCAAACAGACACGGGCUGGGGAGCCUUCUGGGAGCCAGCCCUGGAAGGUCCUAGGAAGCAGGCGGAGGCCAAUAAAAGCACUUUGAGAAAAACCGCAAGCCUUCAGCCUGGCUCCACGUUUCCACACUGGCAAACCCGGAUCUCCUGGAGCUCUGAAGUGUGCUCUCCUAGGGGUUGGCAAGGGGCCUCAGGACAGGGGGCUCCUGGCGUCAGCAGCAGGAGGGCCCAUCCCAGGGCCAGCCUUUUGCUGGCUUCUUUAUUGGAGGCCCUACAAAUGGGACGGUGCUUUCAGAUCUUGGUACCUAUUUUUGUAUUCUAAACACACCGCAGCAGCGCAGCCAGUUGACACGGGUGUGCAAAGCAAGUCCUUUAUCUCUAAGCCGUCUCCAAGCGAGAAGUCCUAGGUUUCUGACUUGCCCUGUGAUCCUGGGCCUCCGUUUCCUCAUCCAGCAAAUGGGAAUGUCGGAUGGGCCGGCCGCCUCCGACAGGCUCCAUUCCCAUCCUGGAGCAUCGGGAGUCUGUCCCCAGGCUCUCAGACCAGGUGCAGCCUGUGUGCUGCGGUCACAGUGACCGUUCUCUGCACGGUGUAACCCAACGGCAGUGGAUUCAAACCCACAUGGUCCUGGCCGAGGUACCCUCCCCAAGGAGGCCGGCUCUCCAGGACAGACCUAAGCCAUAGCUACAGGUGGGGACGGUGAGACGACCAGCCCCGGCCUGAGGAGGUGGCCGUGGUGGCAGUGGCAGGUCUCACCCUGGCCUUUCCUCGCCCCCCCCCCACUGCCCCCUGAUGCUCUCGGUCCAAGCCUCGUGGUCUCCUUGGCUGUUUUUCUCUCGCUCAGACAGUACUAGCAAUACACUUUUUCCCCCCAAAAGCAGCUUAACUUAGGCACUUUUCACACCCUUCAUUCACGUGGUUGUGAAGCACACGGGCUGACAGCAGGCAGGGAUCGCCCUGCGUAUGUUAGGGCAGCUUUGGUGUCUGGUUUCUCUGACGGUGUGGCAGCGGUGGCUGAGCUUCGAGCUGGGGGGCUGGAUUCCCAGACAGGCCAUUUCGUCAGAACGCUCGCCCGUUCGGAAACAGCGGCCCCCACGGGGGCUCGGCCCAUAGGGCUUUGUAGGGGGUCAGACCCUGAGCUGUGCAGCAGCGCCUCCGAGAGGGGUCUGUGUAGCUCGAACCCUCUGCGCUGUCUGGUUUGUCGAAGGGCCUCCAGGGAGGCCGAGGAGAGCCCCCUUUUCUCCUGGCCAGCCUUGCCCUUGGGUGACUUUUGAAGGGAUAGGUCCGCGUCCCCUCAGCGCUUUGCCUUAUCAACGUCUCGUCCUCGCCGUCUAGGGGCCAAAGACUGUGUCCACCAGCUCCCCAGACGGAAGGCAGAGUCUUCCCACCGCCUGCCGUCCAGCAGGGACACGAGCGAGCCGUGCGUGUGCUUAGAGCCCAGCGUAGCACCCGUCAAGCCCCAAACAGCCUCUCGUUGGGCCCUCAGGCCAACCGAGAAGUGGGACUCGAGCCGUCCUGUCCUGCGGCAGUGGAGACGGGAGUGGCCCCGGGGCCCGGAGCCUGGGAGGGGUUUACUGUAACCGCAAUACUGGCAGCCCAGCUGCUGACCUUGAGUGAACCUCUGCUAGGCGGCCCCCCCGGACCCUCGGGACGAGCACAGAGGUGGAGUGAGGAUUCCGUGGGGGCCUGGCCAUGGCCUUUGAUGGGGUCCACCGAAUAACCAAACCGAUUCUGUUUGUUUCUGUGUUUUGUAUUUUAAAAUCUUGUCAAGUGUUUUUUUGUGUUAGGAAAAAAAAGUCAUAAACUCCUCCCAGCUUUGUUUCCUGAGGGAUGCCCCGACUCCCAUGGAGGGGUUGGGAAGGCCAGGGAGUGGGCGUCAGGGUGGUCCGGGGGCCCGGGGAGUGGACACUUGGGUUUCCAGGCGGCUUCUGGGGGAGACGACCCCCCGGAGCCGGGCUCGGUGCGCCCGGCUCCGGAGGGCACAGCCACCCCGCACCUCCUUGUGCUGCGGUGUUCGCCUUGGCUUGGAGCACCUGCUUCUCCCAGGGGCAGCUGCUGCCGUGGACACCAACACGAGGCGCGCCUGCCCAGCCCCCGGGCUCUCAAGGAACGGUGUCUGUAGCGAGCCUUAACCGCCUGGGCAAGGCGGUCCCUGUCGUCCUUCCAGCAUUUCCAAAUCUCGGACUCGAUUCCUUUUCUCUUGGUGAGACCAUGCAGCCUCGAGAAUUCUGAGCAAUAGGGAGCCAGGGUUUCCCCUGGCUCUGUGACAGGGGCACGCCAGGGCACGACUGACUGCGUGAGGUGUGGGCUUGCCCAGGGUCCCACCGCAGGGGCAUUAUUUAUUAGGAGGCUCAGCAAGGUAACUGCAGCCUGGGGUGCAUGAGCGCAAGGCUGUGUGUGUGUGUGCGCGCGCCCGCGUGUGUGUGUGUGUCUGCACGUGUGCACGCCUGUGUGUGUGUGUGUGUGUGUGUGUGGAAUUACAUUGAUGCAUUUCUUGAGAAAGGUGCAAGAAUUUCACCCACACAGAGGGACACAUCUGCUUUGUUAUUUAUAAUAGAAAGCUAAAUUUUAAUUUUUUAAAGGACACUGCUAAUGAUUGAGAAUCGAGUUUUUAGUUUUGCUAUUUUUUUUAAUUGGUAGAGGAUUUUUAUAUAUUUUUUCCAUUUUGUUGGGUUGUGUCCUUAUUUAUAUAAAUACUUUAUCUGUGAGAGGCAAGGAGGAAAACCUUCUUUGCUUUUAAUUACUGUGGUUGUCAUCCUCCCUAUUUUAUUUCCGGUGUGAUUUCUCCGUCUUACCUUCUAAAUGAGAAAACGUUUUCCUGUAUUUGUACAUUGUCAGAUUCUAUAGUUUCAUAGAUAAUUUAACCAAACUGCUCUAUGUAUUAUUAUUCCGUUGAGUACAAAGUUCUAUUUUAACGUCUGUAAAUACUUCGGAACUGGCUUCUUUUCUCCGACUCCCCCCGUGGAGCUACUGUUUACAUCACAGAAACUGUAGAAUCUCUGCCCAUGUCCUGUAAGUAGUGAUCUGCUUAUUACACAUGAACCUGACAAGGACACUAUGGAGAUUAAAAGAAAAUACCGCCCACAGCCCC